CUUGCAGGCUCAGCCAGCAUCAGUCCUGAGCAAGGCUUCUGCCCAGCGUGGAGUCCCCUGCAGAAUCAGCAAGCCUAAGAAAUAUUAUCAACUCAUUGCAUUAAAGUCUACUGGGGGUUCCUGCUGAUAUACUCCAACCCAUUUUUGAAAAAGUAGUGUUUUCCAGCAUCCUCACCUAUCCAGAACAUAAGUAAAAACUUGGGAGUUUCUUGCUUAUUAAUGAAAGCUAUGAAGUCUAAGUCCAACUGGGCCCAGAACCCAAGUUGUAGCAUAAUGGUAUUUCAUCCAACCAAAGAAGAGUUUAAUGAUUUCGAUACAUACAUUGCUUAUAUGGAAUCCCAAGGUGCACACCGAGCAGGCCUGGCCAAGGUAAUUCCACCCAAGGACUGGAAAGCCAGAGAGACCUAUGAUGAUAUCGAUGACAUCUUAAUAGCUGCUCCCCUCCAGCAGGUGAUUUCUGGGCAAACAGGAGUGUUUACUCAAUACCACAAAAAUAAGAAGGCCAUGACCGUGGGUGAGUACCGCCACUUAGCAAAGAGUGAAAAAUAUGGGACUCCACCACACUUGGAUUUUAAGGACCUGGAGCGAAAAUACUGGAAAACACGCCCCUAUGGUUCACCAGUAUAUGGGGCUGACGUCAGUGGCUCCUUAUUCGAUGAAAACACGAAGCAGUGGAACCUUGGACACCUGGGAACCAUUCAGGACCUGCUGGAACAGGAGUGCGGAGUGGUCAUCGAAGGCGUCAACACCCCCUACCUUUACUUUGGCAUGUGGAAGACCGCCUUCGCCUGGCACACAGAGGACAUGGACCUUUACAGCAUCAACUACCUGCACUUCGGGGAGCCCAAGACUUGGUACGCGGUGCCCCCGGAGCACGGCCGGCGCCUGGAACGCCUGGCCAGGGAGCUUUUCCCGGGCAGCUCGCGGGACUGUGAGGCCUUCCUGCGGCACAAGGUGGCUCUCAUCUCGCCCACGGUCCUCAAGGACAACGGCAUCCCCUUCGGUCGGGUCACUCAGGAGGCUGGAGAGUUCAUGGUGACGUUUCCCUAUGGCUAUCACUCUGGCUUCAACCAUGGCUUCAACUGCGCCGAAGCCAUCAAUUUCGCCUCCCCGCGCUGGAUUGAUUAUGGCAAAGUGGCGUCGCAGUGCAGCUGCGGGGAAGGCCGUGUCGCCUUCUCCAUGGACGUCUUCGUGCGCAUCCUGCAACCGGAGCGCUACGAUCUGUGGAAACGCGGGCAGGACCAGACCGUGGUGGACCACACGCAGCCCACGGAGCCCAGCAGCCAGGGCCUGGACGCCUGGAGGGAGGUCCCCGCGCCCUGGGGAGCCGCUCUGGGCCUGAGGCACCACCAGCCACGCCGUGCUCGGCGCCCCCGUGGGCCUGUAGCCGCGGACGGUGAGACCCGCCACCGGGUCCCUGUGAGUGCUGUGUCGCGGCGCUCCUCGCCGGCCCGGGGUUCUUGCUCGGCCGCCCAGUUCGAGGCUGCGGCCACCUGCACCUCUGGGGAGCCCGGCCCGACCAAGCCGCCAACCCCAGGUCCAUCCGCCCCAGAUGGCCACCCAACCGGAAGAUGUGGCCCUCGUCGUCGUCCUUGGAAACAGGGGACUCAGGAGCCAACUGCUCCCCCCAGGGCUAAGAGGAGGCUUUCCUUGGAUGUUGCUCAGGACCCAGAGUCUCAGCCCCUGCCUGUGGAUGCACCCUCGCCGGACAACGCUGACCCGCUCAGCCCUGGGCUCCAGCAUCCCGCCAAGGCUUCUGGGUGUGGUUGUGGCCCUGUCCCCUAAGCCCAGGGGAUGCCUUUCUACCCCACUGCUCUUGCGUGGGGAUCCUUUGAGACUGGUCGCAUUGACAUUUCAGAGCUUUGGCUAUUUGAACGUUACUAGUCUUGCAUGAGAGUCCCUCCUGUGCUGCCGCUGGACCUGCUGGGUCCGUGGUGCUUACCAAAUUCGCCAAAGUUUGUUCUUCCUUCCAGACCCUGGAAUCUUUGGACACUGCUAACUCCUGUGUCACAAACUGAGGAUUCAUACACUGGACACUCUAGUGUCUCUGGAAACUAGGUCCUGCUGAGGUCGCCAGAGCCCAAUCUACCUCAGACUCCCAUCCCGUGGGCCAGCUCUGGAUGCUGCUCAACUUCUAAAGAAUCCUGGGCUUUGAUUAGCCUCCAGUCUCCCUCCUUUUCCUCUUCCCCCUUCCCUUCCCGCUUUUCUUGCCAAACUAGGCCCUUGUGACCAGUUAGGUCA